AUGACAUCCAAGCCCGUGCAUUUCGACGACGAGUCGGACGAGAAUGAGCAAAACCCUGGCGUCUUUAUGUGGAUUGAAGGUGACUCACUAGCACCACCUUGUCAGAGUGAUCGUGAUGUCGUGUCCAAGAUCGUGGAGAUUGCGUGUGUAACUCCCGACGACGUUGUAUUCGAUUUGGGAUGUGGUGAUGGACGUAUUUGUAUUGAAGCUGCAAAGCGCUUUGGUGCUCGUGCUCGAGGUGUCGAGAUUGAAGAGUUUCUGAUCGAACGUUUUCGUGAGUUGAUCGUCGCCAACGAGAUGCAACAGCUUGUGAGUGUUUCACACGGCGAUCUAUUGGAGGAGGACUUGUCAGAGGCUACAGUUAUUGUCACAUAUCUAUUGCCUGAUGCACUAGAUCAGCUGACACCCAAGUUUGUUGAGCUAUUGAACCAGAGUGAUAAGAAUGUGCGUAUCAUUUGCAAUACGUGGGGCAUUCGUGGUCUCACCCCUGAUGAACGUUACGAUGUCGGACCGUACGAUAAUGUGCCACUCUUCGUGUACAAAAGCAGGAAGACUCCUGUUGCAUUGACAACACAAGAGGAAGAGUCAAUAUAG